AGCUCUGAGCAAGAAACCCAGAGCUACUGUUGGCAAUCAUGCAGAGUGAUGCAGAGCCACUGUUGCUUGGGCUACAAUUCCCAUCUCUUGAUGUGCAAGUAAUAGCAUAUAUUUCCUUGCAAGUGAUAUGGAGAUGAAAGGUGCCAAGAGGAGUUGAGCACUCACCACAGCUUCUUCACCCAAAAGAAGAGGACAUAUAAGGUGACAUAUCCCUUCGCUAUUUCUGCAUCCACAUGCCUUUUGGUCUGCCAGCCGAAACUCUGCUUUCCAUAAUUAGGCAUUACCAGAUGCCAUCAUAUAUGCCCACCUCACAUCAUUCUCAUCUCCCCUCCUCUAUCUUCCUCUCCUCGCACCGGAAGGAGAACUUGAGCCAUGAAGCCAUUCCCCCACAGAGAAGUGCUGAGGUUACAUCUAGCUCCUUGUUGUUCGGUAUGCCCACAUUAUCUACCACAUAUGCAUGAUAGUUUCUCCAAAUUUUGAUCUUGUUCUGCUAGAGUUUUGGGAUUUUAUGAUGCCUUUUUAGAUUUAAUUUGUGCUUCUCGAUUCCCUUCAUAACCAGUAGCAUCAGAACUGUUCAACAGAAGGACAUGGAAGCAUGUGAUAGGCCUGUCGAAGUUCACCGACAGUUCUACUUGUGCAUGCAGCUGAAGGAGAGCUAAAUCCUUACUCGCCAUCUCUAUUAGGCCUAAACAUGAACGGUUCCGACACAGAAGCAUCGGUAGAAGUCUUUGAAGUCAGCAGUCAAGUGGCUUCUAACAUGUGGACCCAAGAGUCUUCUUCUUCUUCCCCCAGCAAGGAGGACGCACCCAUCUCCCUCGACCUCUCCCUCACCCUCAAUGCAGAGUCCACAGCGCCGGCGGUCGUCUCGCUGUCGAGCACAAGCGAAAGCAGCAGCGAAUCGCAAGCCUUUCCCCGGCCCGACUCCCGGAGAGUCUUCUCCUGCAACUACUGCCAACGCAAGUUCUUCAGCUCCCAAGCCCUGGGCGGCCAUCAGAACGCUCACAAGCGGGAACGAACGCUUGCAAAGCGGGCACUUAGAUUGGACGCAGCUCGACACAGUUAUCCUAGCAUUGCAUCUUUGCCCCUCCAUGGCUCUGCUCUCCAUUCACUAGCGAUUAAGGCGCAUUCAUCAGCGCAUCAGAGCAUGGUGGAGUGGAGGGGGAGCCAAGGCGGUAUGCUCUUUGGAAGAGGCUUGCUUGAGCCAAGGCAAGUGGUUGUGGAAGAUCAGGAUGUGGAUUUUCAUUGGCCUGGAAGCUUUGGGCCAAUGACAGAUUCAAGGUUUGAGCGAAUUGGGAGCUCAGAUUUGGUAGCAGUGGAUCACCAGCCAAUAGAGGAUCCUGAUCUUACUCUCAGGCUCUAAGUGUUCGACGCUGGCAUUUUUGCUUGACGGUGUUGUAGAACGAACACAUUGUUUUUCUUGAUGUCAUGCAGUGAGGAAUGUGAUGGUUUGUAAGCUUCUUGUUGCAUUAUCUUCUGCUUAGGAAUGUGAUGUAUUGCUUCUACAAAUCCAGUGAAGUUGCAUGUUUCUUUA